AUGACCGUCCCGCUCUCCCUCUCGGCGCGGCGCGGCGCCCCCUCGCCGCCCAAGGCGCUCAUGACGCCGCCGCCUUACUGCGCCUCGCCGCCGCUCGUACCCGUCGAGUCGCGCUCGCCCGACCUCGCCGGCGCCGACGGGCUCAAGGGCGCAUCCGGCCCGCGAGGAGGAGCGGGCGACGAGGACGGCGAGGACAAGUACCUCGCGCUCGCGACGCCGGCGCAGCGGAGCUACUUCGUCACGCUGUCGGGCCUGUUUGAGGGUGCGGCGGUGCAGAGCCGGGAGGGAGCGUCGCCGGUCGAGGAGAAGGAGGUGCCGGGCAGGACGAGCUGGGCUCGGGGGCGGCAGGACGACGAGCGGGAUCGAGGCUGCGGGUACAGCUGCUGCACCGUCUCGUGAACUCUUUCCCGUCCUCUCGCUCUCUCUGUGUAGCUCUCAGUCUAAAGGGGACGACAUGUUGUGAUUGUACAAGCAACAAGUUA